AGUUUCCCCACAUGCGGUUAGGGCUGGGCCAAGUGUGCGGAGCGCGAUGCUUGGCGACUUCCGGCCGUCAGCGGCAUGACGGGAAGGCAGCGGGGGAGGGGCGCGAUGGAGGAUCCGAGCUUGGCGUGCGGGCUGCGGCAAGGAAGCGGGUUACCGGGCCGUUGCGGUGGGCCUGGGGCUGCGCCUCUCGAUCCGCCGGGCCCCCCGUGCACCGGCCCCCGUGUCUCCUCGGCAGCAGCUGGUUAGGGCUGCUCGCCUCCGCUCCGGGCGCUCUAACAGUUGUGCCCGCAGGUCCCCGCGCGCGGCUCGCCAUGCCGCUCGGCCUCUUCCGGCGCCUCCUCCUGGCCGCCCUGCUGCUGGUGAUCGUCUGGACCCUCUUCGGACCCUCGGGCUUUGGGGAGGAGCUGCUGAGCCUGUCCCUGGCGUCCCUGCUGCCCGCCCCAGCCUCCCCGGGGCCGCCCCUGGCCCUGCCCCGCCUCUUGAUUCCCAACCCCCAGGCCUGCGGCGGCCCGGGCCCCCCGCCCUUCUUGCUCGUCCUGGUGUGUACGGCCCCGGAGCACCUGAGCCAGAGGCGCGCCAUCCGGGGGUCUUGGGGCGCCAUCCGCGAGGCCCGGGGGUUCAGGGUGCAGACGCUCUUCCUCCUGGGAGAACCCACGGGACAGCACGUCCCCGACCUGGCCUCGGAGUCGGCGGCACACAAGGACAUCCUGCAGGCCGCCUUCCAGGACUCCUACCGCAACCUCACCCUCAAGACCCUCAGCGGGCUGAACUGGGUGCGGAAAUACUGUCCCGGAGCCCGGUACAUCCUCAAGACGGACGACGACGUGUACGUCAACGUCCCCGAGCUGGUGUCAGAGCUGAUCCAGAGAGGGGGCCCUUCAGAGCGAUGGCAGAAGGGCAGGGGGCCACAGGAGGGGACCACAGCUGCCCACGAGGAGCACCAAGGCCAGGCGGUGCCGCUUCUGUAUCUGGGCCGAGUGCACUGGAGGGUAAGCCCCACUCGGACGCCAGGGGCCCGGCACCAUGUGUCGGAAGAACUGUGGCCUGAAACCUGGGGUCCUUUCCCACCUUACGCCUCAGGCACAGGCUACGUGCUGUCCGCCUCUGCAGUGCACCUCAUUCUGAAGGUGGCCAGCCGGGCACCCCAUCUACCCCUGGAGGAUGUCUUUGUGGGAGUAAGUGCCAGGCGAGGGGGCCUUGCCCCCACACACUGUGUCAAGUUGGCCGGUGCCACUCACUACCCCCUGGACAGGUGCUGUUAUGGGAAAUUCCUGCUAACAUCUCACAGAUUGGAUCCUUGGAAAAUGCAGGAAGCCUGGAAGCUGGUGAACCGACUUCAUGGGGAAAGUGCUGAGCCCUUUUGCUCCUGGCCCCAGGCAUUCCUGGGUGUCUUGAGGUGCCGGUUCAUAGCCUGGCUCAACAGCUGAGCCCUGGGACCACAGAGGUCAGCAUCUCAGAGACCUGUGCCCCAGAACCAGUGCCCAGGCUGCGGCUCUGUCUCUGUGUGAUCCAGCUCCUCACAGAAGGCUCUGAAGCCUGCUAGGCGAGGCCUGGCCUGACAGCUCCAGAGACAGUCACCAGGGAGGGAUAAGAUGCAGCAAGGUGCCAGGGACUGUACUGUUGUCACCAGCCAGGGCAAGAGCCCAAUAAACCUGUCUCUCCACCUCAA